GACAGAAGGAAAAGAAAAAGAAAAAGAAAAAAAACCAGAGAGAUCAGUUUCUUCUUCGACCAAAACCUCUUUCGUUCGCCGCACUGUUUCUUCCCUUUAGAAAAGGAUAACAAAGAGAAAGAUCCGGGAUUUUUCCCGGCAGGAAUUCGAAGGAGAUUCUCGCUGCAUUUCUCAUCUUCUAAAUCAAUUUUCCUGCGUUUGGUUUUUGUAGAUUGAAUUCUGUUUAGUUUACUCUGAAGCAGGAUUCAGAAAACAAUUUGCACGUCGAAUUCUUCUCAGAUCAGAUCAGAGAAGAAUCGCGGUUGCAUCUUGCGUUUGGAAUCGGAAGGUCGGAAUUCUUACUACCGGUGUCUGAAUUUUUUAGCGGAAGAUAUUUAUUUUAAAUCUGUGGAGCAAAAAACCAGGGGAUUUCUUUUGGAGAUUUAAAAUUCUGCUGAAUUAUUGUUGUGAAUUUCAAAAUCUGAGGUUAACUGUCGAAAGAGUCUCCGGUUCCGGAUUCACAACUUAAUGCGCCUCCGAUCUCAGGCGGAAUCGUAAUAUCUCCAAGGAAAACUCAUUUUUCUGGCGGAUCUUAAUUCCCUUCCAGAAUUCUACAAUUUUUCUCCAGCCAUCAAAUUCAAAUCCUGAAUUCUGAUUCGAACUAGAAUUCGAAAUUUUCUGUUCAAAAUAUAUUUCGGCCGACUAUGGAACUUCCGCAAUCCUGUCCCUUAAGAACCGAAGCAGGAAGAAAACCAACACAUGACUUUCUGUCACUCUACAGUCAUUCAACUGUUCAGCAAGAUCCAAGGCCACCUUCUCAAGGUGCGUACCUCCAAACUCAUGACUUCCUGAAACCACUGGAGCGGGUAGGGAAAACAGGUGCAAAGGAAGAGGCCCAAGUUGAGGUAUCAACGGCUGAAAAGCGACCACCUUCGGCACCAUCUCCUUGUGUGGAACACGUCCUCCCUGGUGGAAUUGGAACUUACAGUAUAAGCCAUAUUUCCCAUUUUACUCCUAGGGUUCCAAAACCUGAGGGGACAAUAUUCACGGUGGCUCAAGCAAGUAGCACUCAUGAGAGAAAUGAUGAGAAUUCCAACUGCAGUUCUUAUAGUGGCAGUGGAUUCAGUUUGUGGGAGGAAUCUGCUGCAAAGAAGGGAAAGACAGGGAAGGAGAAUGCGGAAGGGUCCGCUUUUAUAAGAGACGGAGCGGGAAAAGUAGGUCCAUGGACGGCGUCGCUGGAGAGAGGUUCACAAUCGUCAACGAACAACCACCGUAACAGCUUCAGCUCUCUAUCUUCCUCGCAACCAUCAUCGGGUCAGAAGAGCCAGAGCUUUAUAGAGAUGAUAAAAUCAGCUAAGGCUAAUUCCCAGGAUGAAGAUUUAGACGAAGAUGAAGAUUUUCAUCUCAAGAAAGAGUCUUCUAUUACCACCACCAUCAAUACCCAUAGUAAAGGAGAAUUGAGAGUCAGAGUAGAUGGCAAGAGCGCUCCUGAUCAGAAGGCAAAUACCCCACGCUCAAAACAUUCUGCCACUGAGCAGCGCAGGAGGAGUAAAAUUAACGACAGAUUUCAGAUGUUGAGAGAGAUCAUUCCUCAUAGCGAUCAAAAGAGGGAUAAGGCUUCCUUCUUAUUAGAGGUUAUUGAGUACAUUCAAUUCUUACAAGAAAAAGUACACAAGUAUGAGGGAUCAUAUCAAGGAUGGAGUCAUGAACCAGGGAAAUUGAUGCCAUGGAGAAACAACCACAAGAUUGUAGAGAGUUAUGCUGAUCAAUCUCGAGUGAUAAAUACCGGGUCUUCUCCUGCAUUAGUUUUUUCUUCCAAGCUUGAUGAGAAAAACAUCACCGUUUCUCCAACCAUUCUUGGAAGUGCACAUAACCCUGUAGAUUCUGACAUGAGCCAAGCUGCUUCUUUCAAAGCAAUGGACCACUGUCCUGGCUUGACAAACAAGCCAAUGCCCUUCCCUGUCUCACUACAGCCAGACUUUUUCACCUCUGCCCAAAGUAGCGGUGCAGCAACUCAACUACCACCGAGACUGGCAUCUAAUACAGAGAAUGCGUGUCAGUCCCAACCUGUAUUAUGUCACACUGGAACAUGUACGAGGAGUGGCACUGUUACUAGUGACAAGCUGAAAGAAAAUGAACUGACAAUUGAAGGGGGAACAAUUAACAUCUCAAGUGUGUACUCCCAAGGGUUGUUAAAUACACUAACAAAAGCACUGCAGAGUUGUGGAGUGGAUUUGUCACAAGCUAGCAUCUCAGUGCAGAUUGAUCUUGGAAAACAGUCUUCUAGUAGGCCUACUGCUUCAACAUCCACACUUAAGGAUAAUGAAGUUUGCACAAUCAAUCAAGGGAUGAUGCGUUCUAGAGUUUCUAGUGGUGAAGAUUCUGAACAAGCCCUGAAGAAGCUCAAGACAGGAAAAAGCUAGGAUGAGCAAUUUCACACCAUUCUUUUUUUAUUUAAUUAAUUCAUUUUUUGAGUACCCUUCUCAAUUAUGGAGGGUUAACCCUUUGCCUAAGUUUGUAAACUACUUAGUCGAGAGAUUAAGACCCAUUGUACAUCUAGUGGCUUUCCCAAGAAACAACCAUGUAUUAUUAAGUUAUUUCUUGUGUAUUAUUUAUGGAGGCUUCCAUUGUAAUAUUGAGAAGCUGCUUUUCACAUAAGUUUUCUGUUGGU